AUCCCAAUUCCCAAGUGUGAUCCUUUCGUUCCAAAGGCAAUGGACACGCCAACAAUGCGAGUAUCCCUCCUCUCAAAUCUCUCAUCCCCCACCUUCAAAUUUCCCGCAACUUCAAUUCCAAUUCUACCAACAAAUUCAAUCAAUCAAAAAAAACAUCAAUUGAUGAUGAUGAGCAAUUCUCAGAAGAACAACAAUGUAUUUGAUGAGGCAACAUUCGAAGAAAAUCGCCUUGCUCGUGAUGCUAAAGCUCGAGAAUCAAUGGAACAAGCAUUAGUUAAAGAGAUUCAAGAAGACUAUCCUAAAUCCUGGAAAUGGAAGAUUAGGAAAAUGGUUUGGGAUUUUAUGGAAGCAAAUAAUAUUGCGCAGUUUCCUCGACCUGUUCAUCAUCGGAUUCCUAAUUUUGUUGGUGCUCCACUUGCCAGUAACAAGUUGAUUGAAUUGGAGGUGUUUAGAGAAGCCAAUUGUGUCAAGGUCAAUCCAGAUUCUCCACAAAAACAAGUCAGAUUCUUGACGCUUUCUGAGGGGAAGAAACUGCUGACUCCCCAACCACGUUUGAGGACAGGGUUCUUUUCUGUUCUUGAUUCAGGAAUGUUGACUCCAAGCACAAUUAAUGAGGCAUGCACCUCUGUAGGUGUAGCAAAAUAUGGAAGACCAAUUGGAUUAGAUGAAAAGAUCAAGGUAGAUUUAAUUGUCAUUGGUUCUGUUGCUGUUGAUCCAAAUACAGGAGCCCGACUAGGAAAGGGUGAGGGAUUUGCGGAGCUUGAAUACGGAAUGCUGCGUUAUAUGGGGGCCAUUGAUGACAAUACACUUGUUUUAACCACAGUGCAUGAUCAACAAUUAGUAGAUGAUAUCCCAACCGAAAAGCUAUUAGCCCAUGAUGUGCCCGUUGAUAUCAUUUGCACUCCAACUCAGAUCAUAUACACCAAAACAGCUAUACCAAAACCACAAGGGAUUUAUUGGGAAUUAUUGUCUCCAGAGAAACUGGGACAAGUUCGAAUACUCCGAGAGCUCAAGAAUAGGAUUGAGCAAGAAACUGGGCAAAAGCUUCCGUGUGGCUCCUCCGAGAAGCUGCCUCCAACUGCGCAACGAAAGCACCCAUUUGAGAAGCGGCCCCCAACUGUGCGUAGAAGGCGCUAAUAUGCGAGAUUCAGUAAUAUUGUUUGAUCUUUGAAGAUGGGGCCUUCUGUGCAAUCCUCUCUUUCAAAGUAUACUGAUUAAUUAUGGUCUAUAUUAUGUAUUAUAAUGUUUGUCAAUGCAUAAUGUUUGCUUUAAAAUUAGGCUUAUUGUAAACAGAAUUGUUUUCUUUGUGACA